AUUCUUGUUUCCAUUGAUAGGAGAUGCAGAAGUCCAAUCUAUGGUGCAGCCUUCCGAGUUGAAGCUGGUGCUUCUUGGGAAGACAGGAGCUGGCAUAAGUGCAUCAGGAAACACCAUUUUGGGCAGAACUGAAUUUAAGUCCACUAUAAGCUCCAACUCCAUCACUGAGCAAUGCCAAAAAGCUGGUGCCACCAUAAAUGGCAGAGAUGUUGUUGUGAUUGACACCCCAGGCUUCUUUAACACCAAACUUACAGAAGACGAAGUGGAAGGUGAGAUUGUGCAGUGUUCAUUUCCCUCCUCUCCAGGGCCGCACGCCUUCCUGGUGGUGAUUCCUGUUCGCAUUUUCACGAAGGAAGACAUGGCCACAGUAAGGAAGAUCCAGGAGUUCCUAGCUGAGAGUGCCGCCCAGUAUGCGUUAGUUUUGUUCACCCACAAAGACCAGUUAGGUAAAAGCAGUAGCAUUGAGGACUUCAUCUCUGUGAACGAACAUAUCAUGAAACUGGUCCAGCAAUGUGGCAGCAGGUACCACACAUUCAGCAAUAAAAAUCAAACUGACCGCACACAGGUCACGGAGCUUCUAGGAAAGAUAGACAAUAUGGUGGCGCUGAAUAGAGGACAGAGCUGCUUAAUGAAAUUGGAAAUAAGGAAAAACAAAUCAAACCCUGAGUCAGAGAAGUCCAGCCACUGCGUAACGAAGAUUCUGAACCUGGUGGUGGCCGUGCCAACUGGGAUCCUGCUAGGGUCCCUGAGGGGUGUAAUUUUAGCCUCACUGCCUGUUUUGUCUGUAGCUAAAUUAGACAAUGGGCGCUUACUGACUACAAUGCCGGUGGACUUUGGUGGCAACGGAAUAUCCCUGUUAGGUGUUGCAGUUUUGAGUGGUGUAGUUUUAGGAGGAUUGACAGGUACGGCACUAGCAGUAAAAGCUGCCAUCAAUGCUGAUGGUCCAGUGGAAGCUGAAAAAGACACCUUUAACAGUAUCAUGCAUUUUGCAAAACACAGAAUAGAAAAUGUCUUGGCAGUUGUGAAACUGAUAAGCACAGUGAGUGAAAAGGUGCAAAUAGCAUGAAGCCGGUGAGGGUGAGUGGUGGCGGCGGUGGGAUUUGCCUUCCUUAACUGUUUUUCAAGAUGAAGGUGAGGUUCAGUAAUUUGGGAGUUUCGUUUUUAAUUUAGUCAGGACAAAGGUGCACAGAGGGGAGGAAGACCUUCUGAUGUUCAUUAUAACAUAUCUGGGAGCAGUGAGGUGGCACAAUGGGGAGCACUGCUGACCUCGCAGAUCUGGCAUCAAUAAAUUCAAUUCUAACUACA